AAUCUUAACUCGUUUGAUGAUCAUCGAUCCCCUUAUUUAUGAUCGCUGCACGUAGGUGCACUCUAAUAAAGUAGUCCAAAAUAUAUAUAUAUAGUAGAGUUGCAAGUUUGAUCGUCCAUCUCCGAUCGAGAAAAUGAUCACCGGAAAAGACAUCUACGAUGUCCUGGCGGCCAUCAUCCCGCUGUACGUGGCGAUGAUCCUAGCAUACGGGUCGGUGCGGUGGUGGAAGAUCUUCACCCCGGACCAGUGCUCCGGCAUCAACCGGUUCGUGGCGGUGUUCGCGGUGCCCCUCCUGGGCUUCCACUUCAUCUCGACCAACAACAUCUACGCCAUGAACUACCACUUCAUCGCGGCGGACUCCCUGCAGAAGGUGGUGAUCCUGGCGGCGCUCUUCGUGUGGCACGCCUUGAGCAACAAGCACAGCCUGGAGUGGAUGAUCACUCUCUUCUCCCUCUCCACUCUCCCCAACACGCUGGUGAUGGGCAUCCCCCUCCUCAGGGCCAUGUACGGCGACUUCUCCGGCAACCUCAUGGUGCAGAUCGUGGUGAUGCAGAGCGUCAUCUGGUACACCCUCAUGCUCUUCAUGUUCGAGUACCGCGGCGCCAAGAUGCUCAUCACCGACCAGUUCCCCGACACCGCCGGCUCCAUCACCUCCUUCAAGGUCGACUCCGACGUCAUCUCCCUCAACGGCCGCGACCCUCUCCAGGCCGACGCCGAGAUCGGCGACGACGGCAAGCUCCACGUCGUCGUCAAGCGCUCCACCUCCGCCUCCAUGAUCUCCUCCUACAACAAGGGGAUGCACUCCAGCGGCAUCACCCCGCGCGCCUCCAACCUCACCGGCGUCGAGAUCUACUCCGUCCAGUCCUCGCGGGAGCCCACCCCGCGCGGCUCCAGCUUCAACCAGACCGACUUCUACGCCAUGUUCAACAGCAAGGCCGCCAGCCCCAAGCACGGCUACACCAACAGCUUCGGCGGCGACGUCUUCUCGCUGCAGUCCUCCAAGGGCGCCACGCCCCGGACCUCCAACUUCGACGAGGAGAUGAUCAAGAUGGGGAAGAAGCGGGCGGGGGCCGCGGGAAGGAGCAUGAGCGGCGAGCUCUACAACAUGCCCCCGCCGCCGCCGCCGUCUUAUCCGCCGCCCAAUCCCAUGUUCUCCGGGCCGAGGAGGAAGGACAGCGGCAGCGCCAACGUGAACAUCAGCAACACGACGAGCAGCGCGAGCACUGCGAUGGCGAACAUGAACAUCAGCAACAGCACCAGCAAUGCCAGCACUGCUGUCCCCAACAAGGAGCUGCACAUGUUUGUGUGGAGCUCCAGCGCCUCGCCGGUGUCGGAAGCCAACAUGAGAAACGCCGUCAACAAAGCCGCCUCCUCGGACCUCUCCAGCAUGGACGAUGCUGCUGCUCAUUCAAGAGAGAAUGGGAAAAUGAACGGGGAGAAGGAGAUUGAAAUGGAGGAUGCGGCCAAGUUCCCACCAAAUGCUUCUCCAUAUUCAUCCCACAAGAAAAUGGAUGUGGAAGAAGGUGGAGUGAUGGGAAAAAAAACACAGAUGCCACCCACCAGUGUUAUGACUAGGCUUAUUUUGAUCAUGGUUUGGAGGAAAUUAAUCAGAAAUCCCAACACUUACGCUAGUCUCUUUGGCCUUAUCUGGUCUCUUGUAUCAUUCAGGUGGAACAUUGAGAUGCCAUCAAUUGUGAAAGGCUCGAUUUCGAUUUUGUCCGAUGCAGGCCUUGGCAUGGCCAUGUUCAGUCUAGGUUUAUUCAUGGCUUUGCAACCAAAGAUGAUAAACUGUGGGAAAUCAGUAGCCACAUUUUCAAUGGCUGUGAGGUUCUUAACCGGGCCGGCUGUCAUCGCUGCAACUUCCAUCGCCAUCGGCCUCCGCGGAGUUCUUCUGCACGUUGCAAUCGUUCAGGCUGCACUUCCUCAGGGAAUUGUUCCUUUCGUGUUUGCUAAAGAAUACAAUGUGCAUCCAGACAUACUCAGCACUGCAGUUAUUUUUGGAAUGGUGAUAGCUUUGCCCAUAACAAUUCUGUACUAUGUGCUGCUUGGGGUGUAAGGCUAGCUGUGUUUGGCAAAACAGAAUAGAGAAAUUGUUUGGGAUGAUGAAUCCAAGAAGAAGAGAUAAAUUUAAUCAAAUGUGAUAGACGAAACUGGAGAUGCUAUGCAUGCAGGCAACGAUAUUAAUUAUCCUUCGUUGGAGUCAGUGUACAACUUGGAAAUCAUGUGCCUCUUCUUUCUUAGCUUAUUAUUAUACAAUUUUUUUUAUAUAUUCCUUGUCAUUUUUCCUUUAAUUGUCUUAGAAAGAUACUAGUACAAUUUCUAGAGGAAGUUUUUAAACUAAAUACUCUUAUUGGUACUUGUAUUAUUCAUACAGGUUCUCCUGCAAGUUCUUAGUAAUUAAUUUAAUUUAUUAAA